CUGUCAGUGUCUGUUUGUGAAAGCUGAAUCAUAUUGUGGAAUUUGUAUUUAAUUUAUUUUAGUUGAUAAUAGAAUUUGUAGAUUUUAGCCAAGAUGCCGCAACAGGUGGAACAGAAGACCGUGGACCCUGAAGCAGAGCUCAGCAAUGUUCAAAGAACAUUCCAAAAGAUGGCGCCGAUGUGCAGCGUGGAGAAACGCGCGGGCGGCGUGCCGCAGCUGGCGCCGCAGGAGAAACAGCUCGGUAUACUGGCCAACGAGCUGCGGGAGACCUUGCUGUGCAUCAAUCUAGCCAAGAAAGGCCAGCACGCUCUCCGAGACAACAUGAUGAAGAGUGGCACUCGGAAGUCCAUCGUGGAGUACGAGCAUCUGGAAGGAGAGCUGAGAGAUGAGCGUGCACAGCAAGCUGAACUGGACUGCCUGAACUAUUUAGCACAGAAGCAACUGGUGGAACUGCUGAAGAAAGUGCCCACGGAAGCUGAUGAGCUGGCCAUGAUCGAGAACGCCAACAACCGUCUCCGGCGCAUGGAGAACCGCCUGGACCUGGCCACCAAGAGGUUCUGCGUCGUCAACUCGGACAACAAACGCGUCAGGGAGGAGAUACACAGGCUGCUUGUAGAAAGGAACGACUUCAACAUCCAAUGGAACCGCACCAUCGGCAAGCUGGUGAAAGGCAAGGAAUACCUGAUGGAUAUCUUCGAGAUUGCUGCCGUCGCCUUCGGGGACCGCGACGAGUGCUGCAGGAUGCUGGAAGCGCUGAAAUGGAAAGGAUUAUACCAGCUCAAUAGGGAUAUAUCGGAGAUGCAAUCCUACGAGGGGGAGUUGAACCACCUCGCCAAGUUGGAGGAGUUCCUCCGAGUGAAGGGUUCCCGCAGGAUCUGCGAGGCUGAUGAGAAGGAGGAGAUCAAGCGUCUGGAGGAAAUCCAGCGGUGCGAGCAGGAGAUCGCGAGGCAUGACGCGCUGCUGGAAGAAAUAUUCGAAUACGCCGGCACAGACCGAGUGGCCAGCAUCAUCAACCGGUUCAAGAUCGUGGAGAUCGAGAACUUCUCCACCUUCGUGCUGCUGUGUGAGGUGCUCCAGGAGUCCAUCAUCAUGCGCCGCGAGCUCGAGAUACUGCGACAGAGGAUCAUGGACCAACGCGACAUCAACGAAGCGCGCGAGGAGAAGCAAGACAAGCGCCUGGCCGCGCUCACCUUAGAGCUGGGCGAGCGGCGCGCGCGCACGCAGCACAUGCAGGACUUAAACAACCAGGCUGACGCCACUAUAGGAAGAGUGCUGAAGGGCAUUGACGACCUCGUACAAGAUCAGUACGACAUCAACGAAGAGAAUCAAGACAAGCGCCUGGCCGCGCUCACCUUAGAGCUAGGCGAGCGGCGCGCGCGGACGCAGCACAUGCAGGACCUCAACAACCAGGCCGACGCCACCAUAGGCAGGGUGCUCAAGGGCAUUGACGACCUUGUCAGGCUUGCAAAAUGUGACUGCAACCCGCUGCUGUCCCUCCUCGGGAACCACAAGGAGGUCACCAAGUGGAACGUGCCCAAGUUCCUCAGGCUCCUGGAGACAGAGGUCAAGAGCCUGAUUGAAGUAGCAUACGGAGCUGUCAAGCCUCCAGCGCCAACGCCCAAGGCCCGCAAAGGACCCGCCGGCCCGGCCCCAACGAAGCUGGUGGCUGAUCCGUACGUGGAACCGCUGCGGCCCAACAGGAUCGAGAAACUGGUUCCGUACCAGCCUUGCGCUUAUUGCGUUGAAGACUACAUCAUGAACCUUGUGUUCGAGACGCCGGCAGUUCCAGCCGACAAGGAAUACGUGGAGGGCAUCUUCCGCCUCGAGGACGUCAACACCAAGUUUGGAAUAUACACGCUGACUAUCCCAGCUAAACGACACCCAUAUCGUGGCGGGAAGAAGGACUAACCUGAAGACUGAUAAAAAUGUGAACGGAUUAUUUAGUAAAUUAAUUUUUAUUGUGUACUUGUUUCUUUGUUGUUGUGAUAAAUAAAAAUAUUUGAA